AUGGCUUCGUCUUCAAAUCCUUACCAGCAUUAUGAUCAACCUCGUGUGGAGGAUGAUUUGAUUGAUCCUGAUGAUGCAACCCUCGAUGAUCUCGACGAUCCCCUAAAUGCCACUACCUCCCGCACUCCCCUCACCGGAAACAUUCAACAAACGCAAUCCUCUACCCAAUCCUCCCAAAACUAUCUCACCUCCCGCAUUCCAGGCGAAGAUCGUCGAGCUCCCACAAACACCCUCGAUGAAUCGGUUUGGGAAACCCUCUCGCGCGACCUCACAGCCAUCUGGUCCAAAAUGCGGGAAGUGCUGUAUCCGAAAUAUCUUUUUGGAGGUUCGAUGAUUGACUCUCAUGGUUUACGAGGCGCAUAUUCGCAGUUUCGAGAAAAUGGGAUUCAAGGAGCGAGAGAAGAAUUGAGGGGCAUGAUUGGAAGGGUCACGGAUGUAGAGGGAUUGACAUCAGGAAAUGCAAUGAGUGAGGGAUUGAGAGAUUGGGAUUUAUGGGGCCCGUUGGUUUUUUGUUUGGGGUUGUCAUUGUUGUUGAGUUUUAGAGCGAGGGGAGAUCAGAUGAGUAAUGUUUUCAGUGGGGUUUUCGCUAUGGUUUGGUUGGGGGAGGCGGUGGUGACGGUGCAGAUUAAGUUGUUGGGGGGGAAUAUUUCCUUCGCCCAAUCCGUCUGUAUCAUAGGUUAUACCCUUUUCCCUCUUGUCAUCGCAGCACUCCUCUCAGCACUAGGUCUUCAUCCCAUCCCGAGAAUCCCCAUUUACAUUGUCCUGGUGGGGUGGAGUAUGGCGGCGGGUAUUAGUAUCUUGGGAGGAAGUGGAGUGGUGAAGAAUAGAGUGGGGUUGGCGGUUUUUCCUCUGUUUGUGUUUUAUUUGAUGUUGGGGGCGCUUUGUUUUAUUUCUUAG